UUUCUUCUUUUUUUUUUUCUUUUAUUUAUAAAAUCAUGUCUUCUCCUUCUGCUUCACAAAUAUACAAGAAAUUAAAAAAGGUCGGAAAGGGUGCUUAUGGCUCAGUCUACAAAGGGAUUAAUACACAAACCAAUAAAAUCAUUGCCAUCAAAGUACUUAAUCUAGAUACAGAAGAAGACGAUGUGGAUGACAUUCAACGAGAAAUCAGUUUAUUGUCACAACUAACACAUGCUCGUUCACAAAAUGUGACACCUUAUUAUGGCAGCUUUUUAGUCGGAACAAAGCUUUGGAUCAUUAUGGAUUACGCUGCUGGUGGUAGCGUCAGAACGAUCAUGAAAGCAGGCAACAUUGAAGAGAAAUAUAUUGCUGUUAUCAUCCGAGAAUUACUAUUGGCACUUUCUUAUUUGCAUAAAAAUCAAAUUAUACACCGAGAUAUCAAAGCUGCCAAUGUCCUCUUGACAGCAGAAGGAAAUGUGCAACUAUGUGAUUUUGGUGUAGCAGCAUCCAAUUCGUUUAGACAGAGUACAUUUGUAGGGACACCUUAUUGGAUGGCACCAGAAGUGAUCAGAGAUGGCACUUCUUACAACUACAAGGCCGAUAUUUGGUCUUUAGGAAUCACAGUGUAUGAGAUGGCAACGGGUAACCCACCUUUGGCUAAUGUGGAUCCAAUGCGUGCAAUAUCAAUCAUUCCAAAGUCAACACCUCCUAGGCUACCAGAUACAUUUUCACCAGCAAUCAAAGAAUUUGUUGAUUCAUGUCUAGCAGAAGACCCUAAUGAAAGGCUGAAUGCAGAUGAAUUGUUAAAAUCCAAGUUUAUAAAGAGUGUGAAUAAGGUACCUAGAUCUGCAUUGAGGGAUUUGAUUGCUAGAUAUGAAGUAUGGAAGAAGACGAAUGAUGCAAUCAAGAGAUGCAGUAUUAUUUCAAAUGAUAUUAGUGAAAGGUAUGGUCAUUAAACAGCAUAAAAACAGGCAUAUGCUCAAAUAGCUUUCCUUUUUUCUAAAGUGAAGAAGAAGAUGCAGAAUUUGAGAAAAUAGUCGAUAAUGAAUGGGAAUUUGAU